AUGUCGAAACAGAAGGGCACCGCCUGGGCGGCCAUGGAGAUGGUGAACCUGUGCGGUGCCUGCCCACCCAUCGAACGCAUGGACAGCUCCAUCCUGGGACUAAAAGCAAGCCGCCAUCUGGCGCUCAGCACCAACAGCAUCGACAAGAUUGGUCCCUUGACGGGACUCAGCCUGGAGACCUUGUCCAUGGGGCGCAACUGUUUGAAGCGGAUCGAGAACUUGGAGGGCGUGGCGCCCACCCUGCGCCAGCUAUGGAUCAGCUACAACUCCAUUGAGAAGCUGGUCGGCAUAGAGAAAGCCCCAGGCAUCCGAGUGCUGUACGCCUCCAACAAUAAAAUUCGGGACUGGUUGGAGAUUGAGCGCCUGACGGCCCUGCCAGAUCUGGAGGAGCUGCUCCUGGCAGGCAACCCACUGCACAGCGAGGCGGCAGCUGCAGGAAACCUGACUGCCUACCGCCUCGAAGUGCUCCGUCGGCUGCCACACCUGAAGAAGCUGGAUGGCAUCCCCAUCGAGGUCGAGGAGAAGGAGGCGGCACGUGCCCUACCUCGGCUGUAG